GGGAAACCAACACUCGACUGAGGUCAUCGAAGACUUCGUGGAGACUGAUCAUGGCAAAGUUGAUUGAAGCUCGCAAUGUUGCCUGCAGGAAGGACCAAGAGCACAUCAUUUUCUCCCAAUUGAACUUCGAUGUCAACGAGAGAGAUAUUAUCGUUCUACAAGGCAAGAGUGGUGCAGGGAAAACUACGCUUCUGAAGUGCAUCGCCCACCUAAACGUUUAUGACGGGGAGAUCUUAUACCAAGGACGGACAGCCAAGGCACAUGGCGUGCCUUCGUUUAGGACGCGUAUAUUCUACGUGCCUCAAAGGCCCGCUCUGCUGCCAGGCACGCCUCGCGACUUCAUCGCAACGAUCACAUCCUUCCAGUCUCGUAAAUCCGCUUCGAGUGGUGAUCUCGCCCGCGCUAUGGACGUUUCCAAGGCAUGGGGCAUUGAUGAGGAGCUAUGGGACAGGAACUGGACUAGCUUGAGUGGGGGUGAGGCCCAAAGGAUAGCGUUGGCCACUGCGAUGGGGCUGAACACCGCUGAAGUCCUUCUACUGGACGAACCAACCUCAGCUCUCGAUCAUCAGUCGACCAAGCUUGUGGAAGAAUUCAUCCUGAACGAGCUCAGGUCCUCCGAAAGCGGGUUGAAGGCGAUAGUCUGGAUCACCCAUUCUGAGGAGCAAGCAAGAAGAGUAGGAACCAGAUUCCUUCGGAUCUCGCCAUCUGGUUGCCAGGAAGAGCCGCUGAUGCCUGAACCAUAGAUAUUAUAAUGUGUACAAGGUUUUCUAGGCGCUUGAUAAUUACUUGGACUGAUGUUCGAUGUUCUACGAACCAAACAAUUGGCCAUCACUACCCGAUAGUCCCAUAGCUCAGUGGUCAGAGCG